AUGUCAAGUUGCAGCAAGAGAUGCCUAGUACUGUUGGAGAAAUGCAAGAACAUGAAGCACCUCAAGCAGGCCCAUGCUCAAGUAUUCACCACUGGCCUUCACACCAACACCUUUGCCCUGAGCAGGCUUUUGGCUUUCUGCUCCCAUCCUAAUCAGGGAAGCCUCUCCUACGCACGCAGAGUCUUUCAACACAUUCACCACCCCACUCUUUGCAUAUGUAACACUCUCAUCAAAACUUUCCUCCUCAAUGCCAAGUUCUAUGCCACUCUUCAUGUCUUCACCAAGAUGCUGCAGAGUGGUUUGCUCCCUGACAAUUACACCAUCCCUUAUGUGUUGAAGGCCUGUGCAGCCCUUCAAAGCUGUUCUUUGGGGCAAAUAGUUCAUGGGUACAGUUCAAAAUCGGGUCUUGUGUUUGAUAUCUUUGUGGGUAAUAGUUUGAUGGCAAUGUAUUCUGUUUGUGGGGAUGUUGUAGCUGCAAGGCACGUGUUUGAUGAAAUUCCUAGGUUGAGUGCAGUGUCUUGGAGUGUGAUGAUCUCGGGAUAUGCAAAGGUGGGUGCUGUUGAUUCAGCUAGGUUGUUUUUUGAUGAAGCACCCGAGAAGGAUAGGGCAAUUUGGGGUGCCAUGAUUUCUGGGUAUGUGCAAAAUAGUUGCUUCAAGGAAGGACUUUAUUUGUUUCGUUUGUUGCAGUUGACUGAAGUGGUGCCUGAUGAGUCUAUAUUUGUGAGCAUUCUUUCUGCUUGUGCUCAUUUGGGGGCUUUGGAUAUUGGCAUUUGGAUUCAUAGAUACUUGAAUCGAGCAACGGUGCCAUUGAGCAUUCGUUUGAGUACCAGUUUGUUAGACAUGUAUGCCAAAUGUGGGAAUUUGGACUUGGCUAAAAGAUUGUUCGAUAUGAUGCCAGAGAGAGACAUUGUGUGUUGGAAUGCCAUGAUUUCUGGUAUGGCUAUGCAUGGAGAUGUAGCAAGUGCACUCAAGCUGUUUUCAGAUAUGGAAAAGGCUAGGAUAAAGCCUGAUGACAUAACAUUCGUUGCUAUUUUCAGCGCUUGUAGUUAUUCAGGAAUGGCAUAUGAAGGUUUGCAGUUGCUACAUAAGAUGGGUAGUGCGUACAAAAUUGAGCCUAAGAGUGAACAUUAUAGUUGUCUAGUUGACUUGUUAAGCAGAGCCGGGCUUUUUGAAGAAGCUAUGGCUAUGGUGGGAAGAAUAAGCAACUCAUGGAAUGGCACAGAAGAGACAUUGGCUUGGAGGGCAUUUCUGAGCGCCUGCUGCAACCAUGGAGAAGCCCAACUAGCCGAACGUGCAGCUGAAAGACUGUUAGGGUUGGAGAAUCAUAGUGGGGUCUUCGUUUUGCUUUCUAAUGUAUAUGCAGCAUCUGGGAAACACAGUGAUGCGAUUAGGGUGAGGGAUAUCAUGAGAAACAAAGGGUUGGACAAGGUACCAGGUAGUAGCUCAGUGGAGAUUGGUGGGGUUGUGAGCGAGUUCGUUGCUGGCGAAGAAACGGAUCCAAUGAUGAAAGAAAUACACUCAAUUUUGGAGAAAAUACAUAUGCAGUUAGAUUACAAUCAUUAG